GGCCCACCGGCCGUCAAUACACAACAGGAUGCCGCGGAACCUUGGUUCCUCGGCUUUCAUGAAGCCGUUUGUUGUGUUGGCACUGCCGGGGAUGUACUUGUUCUACAAGUACAGCCAAUACAAGAGGCAGCAGCAGGAGCAAAACCGGCGAAAAGUCACCGAGAGGGAACUGGCUCAUCUUAACCACAAGAUCGACAAGCUGCUCUCUAAAUUAGAAGAAAACGAACCAGAAUUAGCAACUUCUCAGGAAGACGAGUGUGUGAUAUGUGUAAACGCAAAAGCAACUAUGCAAACGUCCCCCUGCGGUCACAGGGUGGUUUGCCGCAAGUGCUUCGUCAAGACGAUACAAAUGGCCGUAUCCCAGCGGCUGUUACCUCUCAGAUGUGUCAUCUGCCGUGCCAAGAUCCUUCGUCUGAAGCAGAGCGGAGUCCUCCUCCCGAAUUCGACAUCAUCGUGGAGCGUGCCGCAAACCAAAUCAUGGAUGGUCAACUCUGCGUCCCAUUAUUCGAUGGGCCCCGUCCCUAACUCAGAAUCUCUUUACUCAAUGGCGUCCGGAUCGUCUUCCAUUUCAGCCGUAUCAUCAUCUUCUGGGAGCUCAACUGGAAGCAGUUGCAGUGACAAGUGUAACGGGCUUAAAAACUUCCCCCGCCAACCGACGACAGGGUCUCUGAGAAAGUCUCAAACGCAUUCGAUGAAAUACCAUCUACAAGAGUACAAAGAACCAGUUCGAUCCACAGUACAUCGACCAGGAGUUGCAAGGGAUCCUGAUAAAAGGCUUCCUCCGAUCCAAGAAUUCCAACGGGAAUUUAGAUUGGGAAAGGAAAGAUCAACUUCUACAAGAAUAAGAUGUGCUCAAAAAAUUGUUACCCAGUUGGAGACAACGCCUGUUGUUAACAACAAGAAUGCAUUAUUUUUCCGACCAAACCCUAAGUCUGAAAUAGAGAAGAAAAAGGCGAAAGAGAGCCAGGGAAAGUUCAAAAUGGCCAAGGACGACAAAAAGAAAGCGGAAGUCGAGAAGGCAGACACUAAACAACCGAGUGCGGGUGAAGGGAACAGCAAAGAUCAGGAUAGCAAAGACAAGAAAGCCGAAAAGGCGGAAAAGGCUAAGGCGGAGAAGAAAGAUAAAAAUAAAGAAAAAGAAUUGGCCAAAGCCGAGAAGAAGGAACAAAAGAAAGAAGCAAAAGCUGAAAAGAAAAAUGCCAAAAAGGAAGCAAAAAAUGACAAAAAAGACAAGAAAGAAUAAAACAAAGACAUCUUAAUAAAUAGCUUAAAUUUUUUAUCUGUGGUUGAUAAUAUUAUGUCCAUACAGGUUUAGUGUUGUGAUAAUUAUUAUAUUUACUUUAGUAUUAAAUAAAACAUUUAUUUCUAUUAACAAAGUUUGUAAAUAAUUGAGCACCGGAUACAUUUUUAGAUAUAUUUAUUUAUAUAGUUUAUAAACAUUUGCAAAAUGUCUUCCAAGAAUGCUUAGUUAUUAUGUUGGUAAUACUCGAAUAAUUGCUCGGUCAAACUGCCUCGAUUAAUAUUGUUAUUUUUUUAAUUUAAUCAUUAAUAAAGUAAUGUUAAGUGGAUUAUGUAUAUAGAUUUUUAUUCUUAGUGUAAUAUUUAAACAUUUACAUUAGUAUUUGUUAGCAAUCGUAUGGGCAUAAUAAUAUCUAUAUAAAUCGUUCCUUGUUUUCUCUGUUACACUUUUGAUUACAUAGUCUAUUUUUUGUAGAAAAAUAAAAGAAACGAGAAAGAAUCUAGCGACAUAUAGUUACAUAUCUUUACAUAUUUAUAUUCAAUUUGUAUUGAAACGUCAAAAAAAGAACCAGAUGAGGAGGAAAAAAAGCUUAAUUCUAGCGUUAAUAAUUGACUUAAAUAAAGCUAUGAUUAUAAUGGAGUCAAUUAUGAAUAGUUACGGAGCAUUAGCUACAUAGCAGUAUUAAUUCAAGUAAUUAGAGUAAGUAGAAUUGUGAUAGUUCUACAUAAAGCAAAAAUGGUUUAAAAAAAGUUUGCCAGAAAAUAUUAAACAAUGAGUUUUCAAAGGAGUUUUCAAUAUUUAUAAUUAAAUCUUUCUAAAAUAAGGAAUUUUUUUUAACUAAACGCUAAUCAUGAUGUGAUUGAAAUUGUAGUAUUUAUUUUGACGAUUGAAAGGAAAUGAACUCCUGAGUAAUUAAAUUGUGAGAUUGCUCCAAGUCUGCAGGGAGACGGGCCUGCAUUAUGGUUGUUAUGGAUCGUUUCGGUCGGCCUAUUCUCGUCAGGUCUAUCAGAUGUGUUUAGGUAUUUCACCGUCUUCAGUAUUAAUCUUGAUGAUUUUGGAUGCCAAAGAACAACUGUCAUGCCAACCCAGCGAGAAUAGGCAGCAAAUACGAUCAGUAAUGACCUGAGUAUUAAUUUAUACCAGUGUGAUAGAACAGAUAGAAAAUUAUCAUAAUAAUUUCAUAAAAGACAGAAUAUUAGAUAACCAUUAUGAUUUUGUGUGUUUAUAAACAGUAAAAAUGCCAGCUUGUAAGAGUUUAAUAUGUAAAUAAUAAAUAGUUUUUGAGGCAUUAAAGGAAUAUUAGAUUUUUAUUAUUAACGUUUUUCUAUGACAGUGAAAGCUUUAUCAGUAAUUACAGAAAUGUGCUUACAAACAUGUUAAUCAUAUAAACAUUAGUAAAUGGUAAAAGCUAUGUGUAAAAUAAGACGUAAAAUAAUUUUUUCAAAAAUUUCUGUGUCAACAGAUGUAUGAACUCCAAAUUUACCUUAAGUCUUAAGAGAAAAACUAUACGAUCCUGAAAUAUUUAGGUAGGUAACAUAAAUUCCCCUUGAAAAUGUAUCUUCUUAUACAAUAAAAAAUAUUAACAAGUUAAAAAAAAUUAUGUAGACAUUUAAGUAAUUCCAAGAUUCAACAACAUAAAUUGGGAGCUAAAAAUUAAUAAUAAAAAAACAGCAAAAGUUAAAUUUAGAUAACAUCCAAAGAAAAUAAAAACGAUUAUGUAAUAAGUUGUAACAAGGAAUACCACCAGUCUUCCAACUAGUAUAUUUUUUGUUUUGCAAUGACAACAAAAGGUGAAUAAACAUUAAUUUAAAAAAAAAUCAUGAAGCUUGGAAAUUGUUUCUUUGUAGAGCUUUUUUAUCCAAUAUUUUAAAUUAAAACAAAAAAGAUACAUUUUUUAUUUUUUCAUAUUGAUUUUGUUUCACAUCUGAAU